AUGAGGAACAAGGCGACCAGCUACCUCCGGAAACCGAUUGCUAACCCUCGUUCCUUUCUUCCUGGGCGACGACAGAAAAUCCGCCAGUCCUGGAGCAAGUACAACCUGUUCAACAUCACGCAAGUCCGCCUCCCGUUCACAAAGUCAAGGACCUUCUUCCAGCAGAAAUGGUCGGCCAAGUCGCUUGCCCGCGGAUACCAUGGCGAGCAGGUCCGGGAGAGUCAAUGGGAGCGCAUGUUCUCUCGCCGGCUCCGGGCAGUUGUGCCCAUGGACCCCUUUGACCUUGCCCGCAACGACGGUUCGAAAAACGCUGCCGGCCGUGGCUCGGGGAUGGACAAGGGGGGUAAGGAAGACGGUCGUCAAGUCCAGGACACGCCAUACAUGCUCAUGACAUUUGCACCGCUGGAAAGAAGAUUGGACGUUGCUAUAUUCCGUGCUAUGUUUGCAAGCAGUACCAGACAGGCAAGGCAGUUUGUCAUCCACGGAGGCGUAACGGUCAAUGGCAAGAAGAUGCAAUAUCCUGGGUACCUGCUGAACCCCGGAGACAUGUUCCAGGUUGACCCUGAGCGAGUGAUGUAUGCCACUGGAGCUCCCAAAGACAAGAGUCUACGCCGUGCCGGCCGUCUCAGACGACGGAUGGGCGCAAAGUCGAAAGAGGAGAAAGAAGGGGAAGGCGAGGAAACCAAGGCAGAGGAGACCAAGGCCGAGGACAAGGAGCAAAAGAAGGAGGAGGGCAAAGAGGAUGAAGACCCACGGCAGAUGUUGAAGGAGUUGCUUUCCGGAGCCAAGGGGAUCAUGACAUCGUCGGGGGACCUGCUCCCGGCCAAGAGAAGACAGGCCAUCCGUGCUUUCCAGCGGUCCGUCAAGCAGGUGCUCUCGCGGUCGUCUACCACCACGACCAUGACAGACAACCUGGAGGCCCAGUUCCUCGCUCUGAAGAACAUGAUAGACGAGGAUACCAAGCGGGCAGCCGAAGCUGCAAAAAAGGCCGCUGCUAAGAAGGCAGAACAGGCCGCUCCCAGCACUGAAUCACCCUCCUCUGCCACCGAGCCAUCAUCUUCCGCAUCACCCACUACGCCCUCUCCUUCAACUACUCCUAAUGCUGAUACCACGUCUACGACCACAACCACCACCACCACCACCAACAACAACAACAAUAACAACGACAUCAACAAUCAAACCAGCCGAGAUAGCAAGGCCUCCAGCGGAAUUGAUGAUCUCGCAGCGUCCCUGUCCGACGUCGAGCUGGCCGACUACUCUCCCGCGGACCUGAAAGCCCUCAAGCUCGCUCUGGAGGAGAUCCACGAAAACCCCAUCGACAGCACGAAGCCGUAUGCUACCCCCUGGCGGCCUCGCGACUACAUGAGCCCCUUCGCCUUUGUGCCACGCUACCUGGAGGUCAACCACAACAUCUGCGCGGCCGUCUACCUGCGCCAUCCCGUGGCUCGCCCUGGCCGGGCAGAGGUGCCAACCCCCUUCAAUGAAACCAUCGGAGGCGCUGCCUUUGCGUGGUACCUUCGCCGGCGCUGA